AUGUAUCAGCAACCGUAUCCCGGACAGGGAUACCCUCAGCAGCAACAACAGCCGUCUCCGCCACUCGGAGCGCCCGCCGGAAUGUACGGUCAGCCACAGGCGCCGCCCCCUCGGCAGCCGUCGGAUCGCGAGUCCUACCAGACGGUCCUUCCGCCGUCCGUCACUCCCGGAUGGAACGAUCCGCCGCCCACGCUCCCCUCAGGAACCACGCCGAACCGGCUCAACGCCAUGAGAAGACGGCCCGUCGAUCCGUCGAUUUCGGUAGGGAAAUAAGUGGAAUGGUUGGCACGAAAUUUGAAGAAAACGUUUUGUCGAUCUUGAUAUUUGCUGUAUCCAAAUUCCUUCGCAAUCAAACAUGUUUGCAAAUUUGAGCACGCAUAUUUAAAACUCCUUAUAAAAGUCAGAUAUUCUGCCUACGCUGACCUAGUGAGAAAAACGCCGUGACGCACUUCUAAAACCUGCAGCUUUUCUAUUUCUUCAGUAAAAAAACGUCAUCUUUUUCAGGGAACCGGGGAAGUGGGCCCAUCGGUCGGAUACGGAGCCUCUCCGGCGUCAGGUCAUCAGUACGGAGGAGGCUACGGUAGUCAACCACAGACACAGCAGCAAUAUCAACAACAAUAUCCGGCUUACGGUCAACAGCCGCAACAACAGAAUUACCAGGCUUAUGGUCAACAGCCGCAACAACAGAAUUACCAGGCUUACGGCCAACAACAACAACAACAACAACAACAGUAUCCGGGUGCUCCAGGAGCCUACGGAGGAGCUCCACAACAACAUUAUUGA